AUGAAUACCAAUAACGGUCAGGGUAACAAUAAUAACAACGGCGGCGGUGGCGGCAGCGGCGUCGGCGGCGGUGGAAAUAAUAAUUUCCGGAAGUACAAACGGGUUACAGCGGGUAACCCGUCGAACCCGAAAACCAAAAAACAGUUGGAAAACGAACUGAACCGGCAGAGGAGCUUUUUCGUCAACUGCAGCCCUCAAAAUUCGUCCGCUGCUCGUCACAGCAACACGCAAGAGGUACCUGGAGGCUAUUUGAAUAGGAGUAACAGCAGCGUUUUAGGACAAAAGAAACAUCCCACGCUUGCGAUCUAUCGUCCGCCGAGUGUUCGAGGUGACAUAAAUAAUAACAGUGAUAAUGUAUAUGUAGCCAACGGUCCGCAGAAAUCAAAAAACGUCCAAGAUGCAUCAGACACAUCUGAGGACAGCAGUAAGCUGAACGUGCACGCCAAAGAGUUCUCCUUAGAACGUUCCAAUACCGCUCCUCAGUCCAUAGCGAAUGGCGUAAAACCAGAAGGAAUUCGACACAGCGCUGGUACGGCACUGUCAAGAUCGAGGACAUUCUAUACAAACGGUGAUAUCAAACCUAAUAGUCCAAAGAAAAGUUAUGAUUACAAGAAUAAUUUUGCAUAUAAGAAUAAUUUUCAACAGAUGAAAUAUAUACAACAAAAAGAUACUCAGGGUCCAAAAGUGCAAUUCAAAGACCCUAAACCGAAAUCGAAACCUAUAAUGAACGACCAACCAAAUAAAUGCGUGGUGGAUUCAAAGAAUGACUUCGGUCUUAGAAGAUCAAAAACCUAUAACGGUCCGGACAGCAAAUACUACCAUAAUACUUCAGAUGAAACACGUACGUCGUGGAAAUGUCAACCUAAUGAAUUUUGCGUAAAAGACUUAAACUGUUUUCCCGAAGACAUAAACGAUAUGGCCAAACGCAUAGUAAAAGAUACAAAAAACUCGCCAACAAAAGAUUUAAUGCUUUUGGCAUUGAAAAUAAUUGAACACGUGGUUAGCAACCAAGAUGCUAUGAAGCCUUCGGUGAAUUUAUCCCUCUACAUAAUUGAGAGAGAUACAAGAGACACUUACGUGAAUAUGAUCAUCAACACCAUUCAAUUGUGGUUCGUAAAACGAGAGAAACUUUUACAACCACCAAGAUUUUUUUCAUACGCAACAUUCGUACUGCAAAUGUACAAAGGAAUGAAACUGAAUAAGGUGUUAUCAAACAGAAUGGAGAAAGAGGUAUAUUCUCGUAAACAAGCUCUGCUAAUGUUGUUGUUUAAAAUUUGCGAACACUGUUUAACGCCCAGCAAGGAGAAGAACACGAUUGAAGAAGUCGAAUGUCUAUUCAACAUCGUGGACGGCAUUGGACGAGACCUGGAACAAGAGGUCCCGGACACUUUGAAACAACUGUACGUGUCCAUCAGGGACGUGAUGCUGACCCGAGACUGUUCGGCGUCCGUGAAAAAGACCCUUCUCCAUCUGAUCGAACUGAGAGCUUCGCAAUGGGUCCUGCCGCCUUCCACGUUACAUUACUACAACUCGAAACCGAACAUUUAG